AUGGUUGAUACUCCUUCUUCAUCAGAAGUCCAGCCAGGCUCUCAGUCCAGCACUCUUAUUGACUCUGCCAGUCCCUUCUAUAUUCAUCCUUCUGAUUCCCUUGGAAUGCUUCUAGCUGAGCCUCUGCCUUCCGAUCCUACUCAUAAGCUUUGGGAUAGAUGUAAUGACAUGGUCAUUUCAUGGAUCCUCAACUAUCUUUCCAAGGACAUUGCUGAAUCUGUCCUCUACUCUAGAACUGCAAAAGAAAUAUGGAAAGAUCUAUCAGCCAGAUUUGGACAAUGCAAUGGUGCACAACUAUAUCAGCUUCAAAAGGAACUCUCUAAUGCAGUACAAGGUAACACUAAUAUAGCGGGUUAUUUUACUAGAAUUAAGAAACUCUGGGAUGAGCUUGAUGCUUUCAUUACUCUCAAUCAUUGUUCUUGUGUGUGUAUUUGUGGAGGCAAAAUAAAAACCAUCAAGUCCCAUCAGGAUGGGAGGUUGAUUCAGUUCCUCAUGGGACUCAAUAGCUCUUACUCAAGCGUUAAGAGUAGUAUCCUUAUGAUGGAUCCUCUACCUUCAGUCAGUCAGGCAUACUCUUUGCUCAUUCAAGAUGAAAAGCAAAGAGAAGUGCAUAUGGAAUCUAGCCCUUCACAUGGUGCUUUCUCAGUGUCACAUCAGCAGUUUGGACAUAAUCAAAGGUUCAACAAUACUCAAAAUUUUUUAGGAAAUCAGGAUGGGAGGUUCAAGACUCAGUUUGACAAACCCAAAACUGGACUCUUUUGCACUCACUGCAAGUUAACCAAUCAUGAGGUUUCCAAAUGUUAUAGGUUGAUUGGUUUCCCUCCUAAUUUUAAGUUUACCAAAUCCAAGAAAGAAAAGUUUGCUGCUCAUAGCACUAGUAAUGUGCAAGGUGAUCAAUCUCCUGAUGUCAAUGCAUCUGCCAAUUGUGCUGGUAUUUUUACGCCUCAUUUCAAUCCUAGUUUUUACUAUUUUUCUUCUCACCUCACUUCUAAUUCUUGGAUACUAGAUUUAGGGGCAUCCGACCACAUGAAUUUUGAUUAUUCACUCUUGUCUAAUGUAACUCAUCUGCCUACUCUUCUGUAUGUUAAUCUGCCAAAUUCUCACAAACUCAAAGUGACACAUAAAGGGAGUGUGCAUAUUCUGCCUAAUCUUGUGAUUGAUAAUGUUCUUUUUGUUCCUGAUUUUAAGUUCAAUCUUCUUUCUGUUCAAAAAUUAACUUCUCAAUUUCACUGCCUGCUAACGUUCUUUUCUUCUGGUGCUGUUUUUCAGGUCCCUUCUAUGAAGAGCCCACUGGUUCUUAGUGAAGUUCACGAUGGUCUUUACAUUUUCAAAUCAGCACCUAUCCAGUCCAGCUUGGUUCCAGACUCAUCUUGUCCAGUUUCAGCUAGUAGUUUUUUGUCUAAGUCUGUUUCUUCAUUACAACCUUGUUGGCAAGAUGCUAUGGCAAAGGAAUUUGAGGCUUUGCAACUCAAUCACACUUGGGAUUUGGUUCCUUUACCACUCGGAAAACGAGCAUUACCUUCUAAAUGGGUUUAUAAAGUAAAAUAUAAAGCAGAUGGUUCAAUUGAAAGGUAUAAGGCUCGUCUAGUGAUUCAGGGUGAUGUUCAGAGGGCUGCUGUUGCUAUUAAAAAGGGUUGGGAUUUAUUCCAAUUGGACGUCAACAAUGCUUUCCUCCAUGGUAAUUUACAAGAGGAAGUCUAUAUGAGGAUCCCUGCUGGUUUACAGGUUUCUGGUUCUAAUCUAAUCAAAGAUUUAGGCCUUGCUCAUUAUUUUCUUGGUUUGGAAUUGAUCAGAGAAGAACAGGGGUUGAUUGUGACUCAAAGAAAAUUCACCACUGAUCUCCUUUCUGAGUUUGACUGUCUUGACAAGAAACCUGUUGUUUCUCCUUUGGAGCCUUCCACCAAGCUUCGUGUCGAUGUUGGUGAUAUUCUUCCUGAUCCGCUUGUUUAUCGAAGACUUGUCGGCAAGCUCAAUUUUUUGACUCAUACUCGACCAGAUCUUUCUUUUGCCGUGCAACACCUCAGUCAAUACAUGCAAUCUCCUCGCAUGCCUCAUUAUCAGGCUGGUCUUCACUGUCUUCGUUAUCUUCUUGGCAACCCUGGUCUUGGUCUUCUCAUCAAAUCUUCAUCCGUGUUUGACCUUCAAGCCUACUGCGAUUCUGAUUGGGGUUCAUGUCCGGAGACUCGUCGCUCUAUCAGUGGUUAUUUCAUUAGUUUUGGAGGUACUCCAAUUUCCUGGAAAUCAAAGAAACAACCUUUGAUUUCCCUUUCAUCUGCUGAAGCUGAAUAUCGAUCAAUGUGCCGGGUUGUUGCCGAAAUCACAUGGCUUGUCCGUUUGUUAUCAGACCUCACUGUUUCUCCAUCACUUCCAAUCCCUCUCCAUUCAGAUAGUCAAGCUGCUAUUCAUAUCGCUAAAAAUCUAGUUUUCCAUGAGCGAACCAAACACGUGGAACUUGAUUGCCAUUUCGUCAGGCAACAAUUUCUUGCUGGUCUCAUCUCUUUGCAUUACCUUCCUUCCACGUCUCAACUGGCUGACAUCUUCACUAAACCGCUUCACGGCUUUCCCCAUCAUCACUUACUUGGCAAGUUGGGGAUUUUUCCACACCCUUCCAACUUGAGGGGGGUUGUUGAACAUGAUUCUCCAUCCUCACCUGAGAAGAAGAAAUCCAAAGAUGCAUCAUCUAAUUCAUAA